AUGACACCUGCUCCUAACAAUGUCUUUCGCGGCGAGCGGUCCCUCCAUGAUUUCUACGACCCUGAACAGAACCCGCCUACACCGCUCGUGGAGCUACCAGAAUCGUUGAAUCCCUUCUUGCGCUCACACAAUGUUCACGUCUACGUCAAGCUUCACAGCGCUUUGCCCGCCGGCAACGUCAAAUCCUUGCCGGCGCUCAACAUGUUGCAGCAAGGCGGAAUCGAUGCGGGUUUCGCGCUCGAAGGUCAGAGCGCGGCCCAGAUCUCGCGUCGAAAAGAAGGCUCGGAAAAGGUUUCUCGAAUCGUCGAAUACUCUAGCGGCAGCACCGUCAUUUCGUUGAGCAUCUUGGCGCGCAUCAUGGGCGUGGAUGAUGUCUCUGCCUAUCUCUCGAACAAGACUUCGGACGCAAAGUUGAAGCUCAUGCGCUUCUUUGGACUCAAAUUGCAUCUCUUUGGAGGCCCGUCGCAGCCUGAACCUUUGGAUCCGCGCGGCGGUAUCUAUAAAGCGCUGCUACGGGGUAAAGAAGAGGGGUCUUUCAAUCCCGACCAGUACGCCAACCCGGCCAACUACGAAAGCCAUAUGCGAUGGACGGGACCUCAAUUGGCCAAGCAGCUGCCCGAGAUGGACAUUUUCGUUGCUGGUAUGGGAACUGCUGGAACCAUGACGGGAACAGGUUUGGCUCUCAAGAGGCUUUUGCCGACGGUCAAACGCAUCGGUGUGACCACAGCACCUGGCGAUCGAGUCCCAGGACCUCGAUCAGAAGCUCUUCUGGCUCCGGUAGAAUUCCCAUGGAGAGAUGCGAUCGACGCAAUGGAAUGGGUGGGAUCUGCCGACUCUUAUGCGCGAUCCAUCGAGCUUUGCAGAACGGGAUUGAUGUGCGGCCCUUCGUCCGGAUUCAACCUGCAGGGGCUGUUCCAGCACCUUCGAAGACACAUUGAGGUCCACGGCGACCUAGACGCUCUGCGCAAGCAGCCCGGAGCACCCAUUCACGCAGCUUUCAUGGCUUGCGAUGGACCUUACCAGUACAUCGACGAGUACUUUUCCAAGCUGCCGACGGAAACUUUUCAUCCCAUUCAGAACGACGUUCUCAUUGGUGUCGACCUGUACCGUUACGACGACGCGUGGGAGCUGCAGCCCCACAAGGCCUUCGAGCUGGCCUAUACUUACAAGCUGGAACAGUGCGAAGCUAGCAGCAAUGAGGAGCACAGCAAGUCGACGUCGACGAGCGGAUCCGCUUCCGUUGAAGAGCUUGCUGAUCGACUGGCUGAUUUGCGUCGUCCUUCGGCCACACCGAGCGACAUCAGCGUAGAGAGCAGCACAUCCUCCAUCUCUUCUUCUUCCUCCGCAUCCGACGCAGGUUUUAGAGCGUCAAAAUCCUCCAGUGCUACUUCCACAGCUGGUACGUCUCCCGAGAGGAGCAGCAUAGCCACGCUUCGCAAAGGCGUCAAGCUUCUCGACCUGAGAGGAUCCAGCGUUAAAUCUUCCAGAUUCUUUCAAGCCACAUCUGUCGAGCUGCAGCACGUCAGCGAAACUUCUACGGAUCCCUUUAGCGACCCCCAUUUGCUCGCUGAACAGUGGAAAGAGCUCGAUUCGCUCUUCGAGCCCGACAACUCGCGAGGUCUAGAGAUCUUGAGCAGCAGCAGCAGCGUCGAUUCGCAAGACCAACCAUCAGCAGCAGCAGCAGCAGCAGCAGCAGCCCAGAUUCUGGUCGUCUGUCAAGAUGGAGGCGCUUCGCGCAUCGCCACUUCCGUCCUCAGACAUCGCGGCUACGAGGCCAGCUUUGUGGCAGGAGGAGCGUCCAGCUGGACACAACGUGGCUGGCCAGUACAGCUCUGA